AUGUCAAGAAGUGAAAGGUUUGAAUGUGAUCAGACCAAUCCAUCUCUGCCCCUGAUCUGGGUGUUCGAUUUCGACUCGAGCGACAACGACGUUGGGGACGUGACCAAGGAAGACUAUGACGCCUGCAACACCGACUCCCCAUUCACAGUCCUGUCCACUUCUCCGGCUAAUUACUCCCUGGAUACCGCCGGCGACUAUUACUUCCUCUGCACCACCGCAGGCCACUGCUCCCAGGGUCAAAAGCUGGCCAUCACCGUCACGGAGCCUCCAAGUGGCCCGACCUCCAGCCCGCCGGGAUCCCCACCACCGCCAUCCCCCACCACUGGCGCGACCACAUCUCCGCCAAGUGUUGGCUCGUCUCUCGGUAUUGCACGUCUAGUCCUGCUUGUGUCCAUUCUCAUGGGCUUAUUGUGUUAG